AGCGACAGUUGGGACAGGAACACGGUCGAGGAAAGGUAAGCGUUCGCUCGGAGUCGUGGAAAGAGGGAAGAGGAGAUGGCACGUUACAAGGAGGAAAGAAAUGGCAACGAGACACGGGAGGGACGGAGAGGAGCGAGUACGGACGACGAAGAAAACAAGAAGAAGCGGAGGAUCUCGCGAAGCGAGCCACACAAAACCCGAAGAGCUGGCGAGCGAGACGAAGAGUAAGAGGGACGAGAACCAGCCCAAGUCCAGGCCAUCCAGCCACGAAAAGAAGCAAGAACGGCGACAACCCGAUGGUCCACGAGACCGGCAACAGUAACAGUGGCGGAGGAUUGGGCAAAUGGCUGCGCGAACAUUUGGGCGGUGGCUCGAAGGGCCAAGGCCAGGACGCGUCCUCUCCGCCGAAGACGAACAGCAACAGCUUCGUUGGCAAUUCUGGAAACGAGAAACCCUGCGGCAGGACCGUGUACACCUCGCAAAACCUUUACUGCAGCCUGCCGAGGGAACACGGCCGCCAUCAUGCUUACAAUGGCGCUCGAAAGACCGGCCACGGGAAUUCUGUGAAGCCCCAAGGUUACGAUCGACAACGAUGCGCCAGCGUGAACCAUCACGAGAAGACCACCUUGAGCGACCUUGGAACCCUGACGAGAGGCGGGCCGAUCUACGGCAGCGAGGGGAAGACCCCGAAGAAACGAAAUCGCGAUCGACGAAGGCACUCGUUGAACGAGACGCACGAGCAGGGCCGCCAACGUCGAAGAAGGUGUAUCCCGGAUGGCGGGGACGUCGGUUACACGAUGACGGAACUGCAACCGUCGCCGCCGGGAUAUCGAGUCCAGGAUGAGGCCCCGGGCCCACCUUCCUGUCCUCCGGGCCCUUACAAGUACGCGAGUCAUGGCCACGGGAGCGAACCUGCCAAUUUCAAGAGUGCCUCGUCGUAUCCUCAGGAAGGCUAUGGCCUUAAGCAGAGUCCGUCUCGGACUGUGCCUUCUAACGAGUACUAUCGGCGCAGAAACGACGGCAGGAGGUCCGCGGAGAACGAGCACGAGGCUGGCAACGCGGCCAAGAAAGCCACGGUUGCCGGUUACAACGAAAGUCACAAGAAGAAUACUGCGGGUUAUAAGAACGACAGCGGGUACAGCGAGAGCCUCGGAUUCGACAGCUACACGCUUCCUCUCAAUGAAAGAGACGAAGCGUCGCCACCACCGACGCCACCGGUCAGAGACGCGUCCAGCCUCAAAGGGGUCUGCUAUGGACCCGGACACGAGAAGUAUCCGUCGUGGCCGAGCGCGCCGGAGAGGCAUCCCGACGAGGACGUCCACGGUUCGGGACACAGCGGAUCCCAUCGCUCCAAGUCCUGGACCGAUCACACCAAUUACCCGAAGGAAAAGCCUGCUCAAUACACCAGACCGCACACCAAGAGGCCCAAUCCUACGUUCACGCAGCAGCUGAAGACGGUGAUGGAGCGAUGCGAGAAGAUCCCGGCAGAAACGUUCGAGUCGCGCAACAGAAGCAACGUAGAAGAGGAACCGAGAUUGUGGCCUCGCGUGGAUCGCGAGGGUAAAGCUUUGGGAGACGCGGAAUACGUGGUGCCAUCGCCUCCUGAACGCGAGCAACAAACCGCUCAGACGCUCAGCCAUGCCGACCUGGAGGCCUACGUCAGGAGUUAUCAAGAUCCUCAAGUGUCCCAGGUGGACAUUUACAGGGAGGCUACCCUAACGCAAGCGGGUCUCGAAGAGUACACGAGGGUGCAGCAUUCUCAGCAGGCCAGCUACGCACAAUCCGAAGGAUACCACAGCUACGUGUCCAGCGUGGACUCCACGACGAACACUCCGUUUCUCGACAGAUUGAGAAGAGACAGCGAGGCAGUGGCUCAGAGACCAACCUCGACCUGGGAGGAUACCUCGAGGGAAGGAAGAGACAGCGUGGUGACCACCUCGAGCGGAAGUGCCUCCAGCAGCGAGACCCUGAAAUGGCACGGUUCCAUGUCGGACGUCAGCGUGUCGAGCGGUUUACCGGCGAGACAGGGCGCGUCGGAUCGAUGGCAUCACGGAUCGAUGUCCGACGUUAGCAGCGUGAACGGUGGAAUUUUAACUCAGAAAACCAACAACGGUUGCCACGACAAAUGGCAAGGUUCCAUGAGCGACGUCAGCAGCAGCGGUUUGUCGCCAACCACGAAGGGCAGGCACAGCGAGAAGUGGCCGGACAAGUGGCAAGUUUCGAUGAACGAUCGCAACAAGCAGAGUCAGGGCAGAUCUAGCUUACCGGCUGUGAUUAAUCACUGCAACUCGUCGGCCAACGUAACCGACGUUUCAACGACGGUUCGGGAGAGCAAGUGGCAGGAAUCGAGCAUCGACGAGGAAUCGUUGGAUAAAUCGCAGACCAAUUCCCAAUGGGACAAUUCGGCGAGGAUCGAGGCUGACAAAUAUGGGUCGCUGGCUCAGCCGAUGCCGCAGAGUCCGAUACGUCAACAGAUUGGUCAGACGACGCCUCAGAGUCCCGAAAAUUGGAAUCCGAUUCAUGGAUCGAUGUCGGACGUUAGUCAAGCGAACGGACUUCCGUGUAGCAAACAGUUGAUCGCUCAUAGUGCCAGAGUACAGACUCCGCAGAGACACCACUCGGAAAGCGUGCUUUAUUUGGAUCGCGAAAGGAACCAACGCAAAUUGUAUCCGGUCAGCACGACGCAGCCUCAGGAUUCUACGCAGUCUUCGAGAAUGGCAUCGGCACUGCCCCAGCAACCGCAAAUGUCAGUAGCAGAGCGCAUAAACGAGCUAGAGAAGCAACAGCAGCAGCAACAACAACAGCAGCAAAUGCGUUACACUUAUCUAGACCCAGAGAAGCGUCACAGAGUGUCGGACCCUACGUUAAAGGCUAUACAGAAAAAGGCGUUGCUCUCGUUCUACGAAAGACAUCAUCAAGCAUCCUGGCGUUCCGAGCCACAAUUGGCUCAAGGAGCAGCUCCCGCCCCUCAGAGCCCUCCGCCGCAACCACCUCCUCGUCCUAGACCGCCGUCUUCGAGGCGAGCCAGUUCCGCGUCCGAUUAUGCCAGCGGUACAUGGAGAGAAAACGGCAAUAGAAACCAGAAUCAAGGCAACGGGGAACUGUCGAGUCCCAAGCAUCAGCACAGCAACAGCUGCGGUAGUCUGUCCACGGAUUUGUUGGGACCCGUGAUAGUUGGACCAGCUAUAUCGAUCGACGAUUGGGUGCCGGAGAGGCCACCCAAGAAGCCGCACCUCAGAAACGUUUACAACGAUCGCGUGCCUAGCCCCGAUUUGCCUCCACCUUCUCCGCCGACUGUGACGGAAAACGAGGUUCACGAUUGCGACGAUCCACUGCCACCUCCGCCACCCGAGCUCAGCGACGACUGCUUCGCGGAGAACCAACGUAAACCCAACAACGCGCACCAUCAGCAAGAAGAGACGAAAGUCCGCGAUCGGUCUUGCGACAGACACAAGCUAGAGCGACACUCCAUGAGGAGAUCGAAGCACGGUGCUAAAAGGGAGCACGAGAAAUCUUCUGGAAAGUCGUCGCCCAACUCGCCCACGAAGACGGUGCCACAAGAUCAGGAACAGCAUCAGUUCGUGAGGUCUGCCAUAGCACUGAAACACGUGGACUCCGAAAUGGUGCUGGAGAACGGAGUGUCCGCCGGUUUCGCCACUCACAGAAUGGUAGCCACAGGUCGGUCCAGUUUGAGAUACCCGUCGACUCAGAAGCUGAUGGUCAACGGCAGAGUGACGCCAGCGAGAAGAAUCUCGGAAGAGCGGUCUUUUCCCAACAGACCGCCGGCUCAACUACCUGAUCUCAUCUCGCAACGAUACAGCGAUUCGGGGAAUCAGAGACCAGCUCCUCAAGUCCCUGUGGAGCCAAGAAUCAUUCGUCAGGAAUCCAUGAGAGUGGACGGAUCGCGACUAGACGUCUCCGGUUUAAUCAGAAACGAUUCUGCUCAGAGAUUAGAAUCGUCCUCUGGUCAAAGACCACAACCACAAGUGCCUAAAAGUAUCGACAAAAGUGCCUCGAACAAUCAAUCGAAUCAGUCCGCCAGACCGAACUACCUGCCCGUUCCAGAGAACUCCAAGUGCACCAACAAGUAUCUGGAGAGUGGAAAUCAUGGAUUCACGAUCGGUAGUCCCGUGAAGACGGGCUACGAAGCCAAUUCGAAGAUGUUCCCGUCCGAAUCCAGUCCGCAGAAGUAUCACGAGCCGCCGAAGUACGUGCCUAACCAUCAUCAGCGUCACGGGGACGCGACACAGAGGAACUAUUACGCGUUGCCGCCGAAAUACAUCGAUGCACCGAAGCAGAAGCCUCAACCCCAGUGUCCCACGGACAGAUACGGUGGUUCCGGAUCACCCAGCUCACCACCUCCGCCUCUUGCGCCGCGACAGAACACGCCAGGAAGAAAAUCCUUACCACCCCCGCCGCGACCAGCUCCGCCUCACGCUCUUCAAGGGAGCCAAUCGAAGGCCUCUUACCUGGCUUAUCGACGCGAACGAGGAGCUCCAGACAGCGAGGGAAGUUACAAGCGAACGAUGUCACCAACGUCUCGCUUAGAGGACUGGCCACCGCCGCGGGAUCACGACGAUCCGGUUCUUUUGCGCGUCACGCCUCAUCAUCCGUUGCAGCACCAUCACCAUCACCAUCACAACAAUCACCAUUCGCAACAGGCCGAGCUAUCGAAGUCGCACAGCGUGGACGCUCUUCAUCAUCGUCUGGAAGAACGGUCUAGCCAACAGCAACAGCAGCAACAACAACAACAACACUCGGCGGAGGUGAUCGGAAAGUUGUCGCACGAUUUGAACAAGAAACUGCAAGCCGGCGACGGUAGAUCGCGAACCAGCGAGAAUAAUAAUAACGAUAACCUGGAGGAUCGACAUCAGCAUCACCACCAUCAUCAUCAUCAUCAACAACAUCAGGAGAAGAGGCACGAUUAUGAGCAGCGCAGGGAACGGUUGUCGCCCCAGAGCGUCGAGGUCCUUAACGACAGGAACCGACAGCUGGAGCGUGAACGCAGGAAGCUAGCGGCCAGUUGCGAGCCCCUACCUCAGAACAGAGAGAAACAGUCCCGGAGCAUGGACGCUCCAUCGUCGGUCGUCGAGGAGGACUUCUUCCGCGAGCGGAGCGCCACCAUCGAAAUGACCUCGCAGAACAUCGAACUUCUGAACCGGCGCAACGAGAAGAGAACGAGCGUAACUUCGACGUUGACCAACACGGUUACCACCUGCGUCACCGCGUCGUCGACGUCCACGACGAUGACGAUCGCGACGGAUAGUUGGUCGCGUCAAGAAACAUCCGUUCCGGACAAACCACCGCCACCUGUGAACUCGCCACCCAGGUCACCAUCCGACCAGAUAGAAGCGGACAGUCCGAGGGGAGCAGUCCCCAGACGUUCCGGAAGUUGCUCCAGUUCCUCCUCCUCUAGCAGAUCGUCGGACCCUCGCGUGUCGCCCCGAAGCUUGUCCAAUAGCUUUUCGAAGAACGAAAACUCUUCCAGUAGCAGGAAGGUCUGCAGUCCCACGCAAACGGACAACACCGGUUCCUCGAACGAGAUCGAGUUGAGAGUGGACAGGUCAUCCUCGUCGGCUCAGAAGUACAGACCUGGAGGCAGGUCCUCGACGUCCUCGAUCUCUAGCGUUUCUAAAGCUUCCUCCUCGUCGUCGCCGAGGAACUCCCCGGUAGAGGAGGACAAAUCGUCGCCCGCGUCCCCGUGCGUGUCGCCGCAGCCGGGAAUAGAAGGCCUCACCCUGGUGCAAAGAACCGAAGUGGUUCUUCGAGUGAACGCGACCACCAGCGACGCUGCUUCGCAGACCGACACCUUGGAACCGGUCGAGCAGCCGGAAACCAUCGCCAAGAGUCAGGAGAUUCCUGUGUGCAGGAAGAAGCUUCCCGAAGAGAUCGAGUGCGAAGAACUUGGCCGGGAUUUAGCGAGCCAGCUUAAUCCUAACGAUAAGCUGGUGCCUCUCCUAGUUCCAGCUCCGGAGCACAAGAAGCCCACCGACUACGUUUCCGGUCUGUUCAGGUUGGAGGCGACCUUGCAGCCGAGACCGAGGCGACGACUCUCUCUGGAAGAGCCGACGACCCCGUGCUCUGAAAACGGGUCUGACGAGGAGAAAAAGCCAGAAUCGAUACCUUCUGCACCGGUCACCCCGUUAUCGACGGACACGACCAGCCCUUUGUCCCCAACCUCCGCGUACUUCACCACGUCCGAAGGAAAAGCGAGGUUCCUGGCGAGAUACUCGCGCGACGCGACGGUCGAAAGCUUGACUCGUCAAGAGGAUGAGCCGCCGGUCAUUCCGACCGACAGCCUUGAUCUCAGACAGAAAAAGGAGGAGCUGAUGAUGAGGCUCGACAAGAAACUGGUAGUCCUCAGGGCCGAACAGGAGGCAGUCAGGGAAGAGGGAGAGGUGAACGAAGCCCUAGGGGCGCGGGUCUCCACGCGGAUCUCUGCGGUCGCUCGACCCGCGGAAGCGUCCAAGUAUCGGCUUCACGUGGAGGAAGUCGGCAAGAUCACGAGUCUUCUUCUUGGCCUGAGCGGAAGGCUCGCUCGAGCGGAAAACGCCCUCUACGGAAUGCCUGCUGAUCACGCCGAGAGGAAAAUUCUCGAGAGCAAGAGGGACAAGCUGAUGGAUCAACUGGAGGAAGCGAAGAUUUUGAAGAGCAACAUCGACAAACGGAGCGUGAACGUGUCGACGAUUCUGUCGAAGUACCUGAACGAAGAGGAGUUCGCGGACUACCAGCACUUCAUCAACAUGAAGGCGAAGCUGAUCGUGGACGGCCGUGAGAUUCAGGACAAGGUGAAGCUUGGCGAAGAGCAACUGGCUGCUCUGAGAGAAGCGAUCGACUAGUCGUAACAACGAACUGAUCGCACGAGAGAAGCGUGUGUCUACGCUACAGAUGUAAUCUGCACGCGAGCAGAAACGCGUGUUCUAAAGUCCUUUUGAUCGUGAUCCAACGACAGGAAGGUGUCAACUGAUAUUUGCGACUCGUCGAGUUAACGAUAUAACGAUUUUGCAGGAAUCGGUGAAUGGAACGUGAUAUAUCCGUAACGAAUAAGCGUACUGGUAGCUUGAAAUUGUAUUAGAAUACGCGUCUUUGUAUAUACAUUCGUGUCCUAGAUGGACAAACUUUCGAGACUUGAAAUUGGAACACAUACGCCAUCGUGCUUUGCCGCGGAAGACAGAGUCGCCCGAAGAUUUUCAAGAUCCUAUCGUGAUCACGAGACAGCCUCAAGUGCCUAGUCCUUGCUGAGCUCGUAUCGACUGUACCGUGUUUCGCGUAAUGCGCGGCUGAAUCAUCGUAACGCAACGAGUGGUACGCGCGAAUACGAUCAAGGCAUGAAACAAUUGCUUUUGUUAAUUGUUACUGUUCGUAAAGUCAUAUAAGCUAAAGUAAGAAGCAUCGAAAUUUUAAUAUAUUUUGCGGAACGAAAUUUUGCAGCGCAUAGCGAGUGGCUGGCGCGAACACGGAUUACUUAUAAAAUUUUUAAGAAUUUCAAGUAUUUCGAGUUGUAGGCGUUUAAGACGUCCGAAGUUUAAAACGUACGAGUUAGUACGUUUCUCUGGCACCGUAGAGUUUUCGUAGUCGAUUCGCGCCAGUCGUGCUCGAAACACUCGUGCGUAACGCGUGUUCUGUUCGCGGCGGAGCGUGGACGGUUCACCGCUGAAAGCAAACACGUGUACAACAUACGGAUGUUUCCAUUACCUGGUUAGCAUAAUGUUCGCGCGCGGUGACGCAUGCCGCGAGCGAAGAUUCUUGACCUAGAAUUACUUCUGGUGCCUUCUUAUAUACGAUAUGUGAUAUAAAGGGUAAGGAGUUACGUGGUCGUUAUACAUAUACAUAUAUCUACACGAUACAGGCAACCAAGCGACGUUGUAACAUGUAUAUAAUAUAAAGGAUGAAGAGGAUAGUCUUUAAGCGAUGAUACUUUGUAGGAAACACUCAUACACGUAUACACGCGCGCAUGAACCAUGACGCGAGCGCGUGAGACACGCAUCAAGAACCAUCAUUUACACGUACAUGCUCAUUUAUACAACGAUUACUAUUUUUUACGUUUUUGUUCUAACCCCAGAGGCUCCACUGAGCCUCUAUGACGCUUGUGAUCUUACUUACUCCUGUACGAACCUACCAAGGACUCUCGAAACCGGAAAUCGGAUAAAUUUCGAGCCUCCAUGGUGGUCCUACGAAAAAUUUUAUGCCUCGUUCGUUGUCCAAACUGUUUUCUUCUUGUUUCUUCGUUAUUACCUGUUUCCCGCCUCCUGUUUUAUCGCGAACACUUCCCGUCUUCUUCGUUGCCGAUCGUCUCGGCGGUCGAUCGCGACGAUGAAACACGAGGACGGAGAAGACGCUACGAAGAAGACAAAAUUCGUAUCCGAAGGAUCCUCCGGUUCUUUGAGCUCGGUAAUGAGAUAUUUACUAGGAGACUCAAAGAUGUCGAGACGGAAUCCGUUUUCUGGUUCGCUCGAGCGAACGGUUCGCAACGUUACCGCGAGAAUUAAUCGGACGAACAAUUCAAGCGUUCCAAAUUCUCUUUAGAAUGUUUUGUUUUAAGUUACAUUCUUCGAAACGUGUACUAUUUGAACAAACAUCUCGAAGCGAAUUAAAUUUCAGGUUCGACUCGUGUGGUUCGAACCGUUUGGCGAGGAAAAAGGAUUUAAAAUAAAAGCAAAUUGUAGCGCAUUGUGAAAGACUGAGCACAGGGCAUAAAAUUUUGCAGCAACAUUAUAGUCAGUUUCUGUUCCUCGUUUGUUUCUCGAUUGUACCGAUACGGACGGCGAUACUGUAAUCUCGCCGGCCGGCUGACCGGAAACCUGCCACAUUUCGUAAUGUGCUUGUAAGCAGCGUUACAGCGUCGCGAGUCAUCGCGGUGACUCGCGGUCAGAAGAAGUGCAAAAUUGUACAUAAAAAAGAAAAGAAAAGAAAUCGCAUGAUCCGAAGUAGAAGAUGAAGAAAACGAAGGCGAAGAAGAAGAAAAGAAGAAAUCAUGGUGCUCUGCAUAAUCUAUUUUUUACGAGAAGAAACGUUCCAUUAACGCGUAGUCUAUAAUAUACUGUACGCUAAGGUCAUUAAAUAUUUAAUAGUGUCCCCUCACUCUGUACAUACUCUUUACAAGCAUACAAUUUUAGUGUUAACGUGAUGCGAGAAGAACCCGUUUAAACAGUUUUACAAGCUGCAUAUACACUCAUACGCGCGUCACAUACAAACACACACAUGUAAACGACGACGCUAGGUCGUCGUGUUAGUCUGACAAUAUUAUUGCAUAUUUCGAAUGUAUCGCGAAAUCAUUACAGUAACUACCUUUCCCAAACUCGCUUGCAAUAAAUAACACGUUGGAAAUUA